AGGAGCUUUUUAUUCAGCUAAAAAAAAGCAUUCAAAUAGACAGGGACUUCCGGGUGCUGCCGCAAAGCAUGAUGGGCCUUGUAGUUUGGCUGCUCGGCAACACUGGGUCACUUGCUGGCUGGUGAUCAGAAGCUCGGGGAGCGCACGGGGAGUGUAUACAGGCCCAUUUCUUGCCGGGUGGCCUUUUAUGCUUCACUCUCCUGGUUUUGAAUUUAUAACCUAGUCAGAAAGUUGCAGAGAACCUUCAUCAUCUUUGUCAAACAUGAGAGUAGCAGGUGCAGUAAAGUAUGUUGUGGCGGUGGCAGCGUUUUUAUUGACCUUUUACAUAAUUUCUCAAGUAUUUGAAAUAAAGAUGGAUACUAACUUAGGAAAAUUUUUGGCCAGGUCACAAGUGGACAUUGUUGCACAUCCUACAACUAAGGCACCAAGGUACAGAUGCGGCAUUUCCAAAAUUUGUCCAGAGAAGCACUUUGCCUUCAAGAUUUCCAGUGGAGCAGCUAAUGUUGUUGGGCCAAAGAUUUGUGUGGAUGAUGUUGUUUUGAUGAGUGGUGUAAAGAACAAUGUUGGUCGUGGAAUUAACACUGCUUUGGUGAAUGGGAAAACUGGAGAAGUCAUUGAUACAAAGUAUUAUGACCUUUGGGGUGGAGAUGUAGCCCCCUUUAUUGAUUUUAUUAAGAAGAUUCCAGAUGGAACAAUAGUUUGUAUGGCAACCUAUGAUGAUGGUGCAACAAAAUUAAAUGACGAAGCACGAAAACUGAUUUCUGACCUGGGAAGUACAGUCAUCAACUCUUUAAGCUUCAGAGACAACUGGGUCUUUGUUGGUGGAAAAGGCAUAAAGACAAAAAGUCCAUUUGAGCAGCAUAUAAAGAACAACAAAGAUACAAAUAAGUAUGAAGGGUGGCCUGAGGUGGUGGAAAUGGAAGGAUGCAUUCCGCAGAAGCAGAAUGAUUGAAUUGGUUAAGCAACAGCUCCUCAAUGGACUUGGAUAAGAAUGCCUUUUACAACAGCCAACAAAAUAAUAUUGAACAGUUUCAUCCAUCAUUGUAGCCAUGAGCUUGAUCCAACAUAAACAUUUAUUUAUUGCUUAUACAAAGGGGAAUCUUUUUGUAAAAAGAGUAGGUUGAUAGCGCAUAUAAUGAAUAUUGUCGAACCCAUGUUGGGACUACGAUGAGGUAAUAAGACCUACUGGAAUAGGAUGUGGAGAUCUGCACUAAUGUGAUGUUUUCAUGUCUUUUGUUCAAGAAAAUAGCUUUUUUUUCUGUUGUACUUUCUUUAUUCCACCAAAGAUUUUUCAAGAGGAACUCUUAUGGCUCUACAUCUAUGGACAGAGUUUUUUAAAAUCUGGGAUAAUGUUUUGCACCAUUGUUGUCACCGAUUAGUCUGCAUUGUCCUUUUUUUUUCUAUUAGGAUUUUAACAAAUGUUUGUAUGUUUUCCCUUUUGUUGUCUAUAGAGGAUCAGUCUACUUAUGGAAUUUCUAGUAACCAAUGCUUUUUGGUAUUUUCAGGACUAUUUUCCAGUAAACAGGCAGCAAUCCGUACAUACUGUGCAUUGUCAAAGCAUUGGAGCGUUACUCUUGGUAUAAUACGAGAAUGGCUCUGUAUGUACAGUAUUUGAUGGUCAUUCAUUUUACAUCUGUGUCAUCAUAGUUUUUUUUUUUUUUUUUUUACAUCAGACAAUUGUUCUAGAACAAUUAGGAAAUGUCAUUCUACGUGUUUUGUCAGUGGUAAAUUUCAAUGUUGAUGUGCAAGUCUAAAAAAAAUUUCAUAUUUUUAGAAUAAACAAACAAAAACA